CGGGAGUUGCAAUUAAAAGUGUGAACAACCGGAAUCCGGAUAUCGUCAUCUUUGCUUUUGUCUCAGCAGCAACCAGUAGAGACGUGUUUCCCUCCGCCCAGCGUUUUAUUUCAAUCACAGAAAAGGCAUAAAAAUGUCGGGUUCAUCCAACCUGGUGACCAUGAAAAAGGUGGUACAGCAGCUUCGUUUCGAGGCAAGCAUAAACAGAGUUAAGGUUUCCCAGGCAGCUGCAGAUCUACAACAGUUUUGCAUACAGAAUGCUCUCCAAGACCCUCUGCUCACCGGUGUGUCAUCCAGCACCAACCCUUUCAGGCCGCAGAAGGUCUGCUCCUUCUUGUGAAACCACUGUGUCCAUUGGCCUUCAUUUUGAUGCUACAGGGAAAAAUUGACCUCAGCACUGCUCCUUAUGCCAAGCCAUUAUACUGCCAUGGGAAUUCUCAAAAGUAGAACUCAAUGGAUUUAAAACAGGAAGAAGACUGGCUAUUUUUAGAUAAGGUAGAAGACAGGAGACGGUAUUAUUUUCCACGGCACAGGGUGAUUUUUGACUCAAUUAUUGUGCCUUUUCUAUUCUAUUUUAGUCAUCACUGUUCUCAACUUUUUUGUAUUUAAUGAAUAAAAUAUUCUUUACUACUCAA